ACGAGCCUCGGGAGCGAGCAGGAGCCGCGGGAGCGAGCCGCGCUUGUCACUGGGCCCUGGCCGCUGCUGCUGCUGCCGCUGCUAUGAGUCUCCCCCCCGGGACCGUCUAGCCCCGCUCACUGUCUCCGGGAACCAAGCUCGCAGGCUCAGGCUCGGGGGUCGCUGCUGCCCCGCGUCCCCGUGUCGGGCUCCUGCAGGGGGGCCGCUGGGAGACGGUACUGCGCAGGCGCAGAGAGACAGCUUCCCCUGCCGCUGCUGCUGCUGCCACGACGGGAGCGACCAGAAACAUGGCGGAGCAUCACCCGGCUCCCGACGGCAGCAGGACCAAGUCCGCGCUCAACGCGGGGAACGGGACCCCGGCCCCGGCCCCGGCCGUCCCCGCAGCCGGCGGCCUGGCCCACCCCGCCGGCUGGCAGUCGCUGCUGUCCUGCACCGUGCUGGUGCUGGCCUGGCUGGCCGGCUUCAGCUCCCGGCUGUUCGCCGUCAUCCGCUUCGAGAGCAUCAUCCACGAGUUCGACCCCUGGUUCAACUACAGGUCAACUCACCACCUCACCACCAACGGCUUCUACGAGUUCCUCAACUGGUUUGACGAGAGGGCCUGGUACCCUCUGGGCCGGAUCGUCGGGGGCACAGUGUACCCCGGCCUCAUGGUGACGGCAGGACUCAUCCACUACGUGCUGAACCUGCUGCACAUCACCGUGCACAUCCGGGACGUGUGCGUGUUCCUGGCGCCGGUGUUCAGCGGCCUGACCUCCAUCUCCACCUUCCUGCUGACCCGGGAGCUGUGGAACCAGGGCGCGGCGCUGCUGGCCGCCUGCUUCAUCGCCAUCGUGCCGGGAUACAUCUCCCGCUCCGUGGCCGGCUCCUUCGACAACGAGGGCAUCGCCAUCUUCGCCCUGCAGUUCACCUACUACCUCUGGGUGAAGUCGGUGAAGACGGGAUCAGUGUUUUGGGCCAUCGGCUGCUGUCUCUCCUACUUCUACAUGGUGUCAGCCUGGGGCGGUUACGUCUUCAUCAUCAACCUGAUUCCUCUCCAUGUGUUUGUGCUGCUGCUCAUGCAGCGCUUCAGCAAGAGAGUCUACAUCGCCUACAGCACCUUCUACAUCGUGGGCCUGAUCCUGUCCAUGCAGAUCCCCUUCGUGGGCUUCCAGCCCAUCAGGACCAGCGAGCACAUGGCAGCCGCAGGUGUGUUCGUGCUGCUGCAGGUCUACGCCUUCCUGCAGUACCUGAAGGAUCGCCUCACCAGGCAGGAGUUCCAGACGCUCUUCUUCCUGGGCGUCUCUCUGGCCGCCGGAGUGGUUUUCCUCUCCGUCAUCUAUCUGACUUACACAGGCUACAUCGCUCCGUGGAGCGGCCGCUUCUACUCCCUCUGGGAUACCGGCUACGCCAAGAUCCACAUCCCCAUCAUCGCGUCGGUGUCGGAGCACCAGCCCACCACCUGGGUCUCCUUCUUCUUCGACCUGCACAUCCUGGUCUGCACCUUCCCAGCAGGCCUGUGGUUCUGCAUCAAGAACAUCAACGACGAGCGCGUCUUUGUGGCCCUGUACGCCAUCAGCGCCGUGUACUUCGCCGGCGUCAUGGUGCGGCUCAUGCUGACGCUCACGCCCGUGGUGUGCAUGCUGUCGGCCGUGGCCUUCUCCAGCGUGUUCGAGCACUACCUGGGGGACGACCUGAAGAAGCAGGGCCCGCCGGCCGAAGACAGCAGCGACGAGGACGACCGGAAGAACGCAGGAAACCUCUACGACAAGGCGGGGAAGGUGCGUAAACACGUGUCAGAGCAGGAGAAGGCUGAGGAGGGUCUGGGUCCCAACAUCAAGUCCAUCGUCACCAUGCUGAUGCUGAUGCUGCUCAUGAUGUUUGCUGUUCACUGCACCUGGGUGACCAGCAACGCCUACUCCAGCCCCAGCGUGGUGCUGGCCUCCUACAACCACGACGGCUCCCGGAACAUCCUGGACGACUUCAGGGAGGCGUACUACUGGCUGAGGCAGAACACGGACGAGCACGCCAGAGUCAUGUCCUGGUGGGACUACGGCUACCAGAUAGCAGGCAUGGCCAACCGGACCACGCUGGUGGACAACAACACGUGGAACAACAGCCACAUCGCUCUGGUGGGCAAGGCCAUGUCCUCCAAUGAGACGGCAGCCUUCGAGAUCAUGAAGUCCCUGGACGUGGACUACGUCCUGAUCAUCUUCGGAGGGGUGAUCGGCUACUCAGGAGACGACAUCAACAAGUUCCUGUGGAUGGUGCGCAUCGCGGAGGGGGAGCACCCCAAGGACAUCAGGGAAAGCGACUACUUCACCCCUCAGGGAGAGUUCAGAGUGGACAAAGCCGGUUCCCCCACUCUGCUCAACUGCCUUAUGUACAAAAUGUCGUACUACCGCUUCGGCGAGAUGCAGCUGGACUUCCGGACGCCCCCCGGCUUCGACCGGACCCGUAACGCAGAGAUCGGCAACAAGGACAUCAAGCUGAAGCACCUGGAGGAAGCCUUCACGUCGGAGCACUGGCUGGUCAGGAUCUACAAGGUCAAAAAGCUGGAGAACAGGGACCGCCUGGAGCACAAGCUGCGCAGCACCGACGCCACCAGACAGAAGUACACGUCUAAAAAGACGGCCAAGAGGAAGCGGGGGCACGUCAAGAACAAGAUGCUCCUCAAGAAGGGCAGGAAACUGAGCAAGAAGUCUUUAUAGGGAGUCCAGCACCCACGCAGGCAGACUGUGGACGGGAGGGAGGGACAUUUUACACAAACUUUCUACACACACGCAGCAAGAGUCCAAACACACCCAUCCAGACGAACGAUGAACUGAUCUCCAGCGGUACCAGGAGCCCUGGAGGAGAGGAGACGGAGAUCAGGAGGCCAGUUUGAACCUGACGAACUGUGACCUUUGACUUUUCUUUUUGUACUUGAACAUGCGGAGGCGUCAGAGACCAGCCGUCCUGCACCCAGAACUCUGCUGAGGCUGCUCUCUGCAUGAAUCCAGGAAACCUGCCCCUCUGCCGGCCCUCACACCCCACCUGAGGUGACCAACGUCCCUCGGGUCAGUCCGGGUCUGACGGGACGGGUGUUUGUGACUGCGUGGCUGCUGUUGUCACGGUAACGCAGCUAGAUUCAUGAGACGGGGUGUAAACAAACCUCCAGGUUUCACCGGGAGAAGCAACGGUUAGCAGGCACAUUCUAAACUCUGCUGCUGACGUGGCAACGACGUCCACAAAGUGGUGUUUUAACCCCGUCAUGCUGUUUCUGACGGAAGAGUGUCAGGGCCAGGCAGGAGAAACAAUAUUUGAGAGGGGAAGAUUUUUUUUAUUGUGCACUUCGAGAAAUAUUC